GUGCCUAAGAAGAUGCUCUUCAUACAAAUGACCAACUUCUACAUGCGCGGCCUUGGGCUGCUCUUCCUGGUCAGUAUUUUCCCAGAAACAACUGGUCAAGGUGAAUCAAGACGACAAGAACCGGGGGACUUUGUGAAGCAGGAUAUUGGCGGACUCUCUCCUAAGCAUGCCCCAGAUAUUCCUGAUGACAGCACCGACAACAUCACUAUCUUCACCAGAAUCUUAGAUCGCCUUCUGGACGGCUAUGACAACCGGCUGCGACCUGGGCUUGGAGAUGCUGUGACUGAGGUCAAGACUGACAUCUAUGUGACCAGUUUCGGCCCGGUGUCAGACACCGACAUGGAGUACACCAUUGAUGUAUUCUUUCGCCAGACCUGGCAUGAUGAGAGACUGAAAUUUGAUGGACCCAUGAAGAUCCUGCCACUCAAUAAUCUCCUGGCUAGUAAGAUCUGGACGCCUGACACCUUCUUCCACAAUGGAAAGAAAUCCGUGGCCCAUAACAUGACCACACCUAACAAGCUGCUCAGACUGGUGGACAAUGGGACCCUUCUUUACACAAUGAGGUUAACAAUUCAUGCCGAGUGCCCCAUGCACCUAGAAGACUUUCCCAUGGACGUGCAUGCCUGCCCGCUGAAGUUUGGAAGCUACGCCUAUACAACAGCUGAAGUGGUUUAUUCCUGGACUCUUGGGAAGAACAAAUCUGUGGAAGUGGCACAGGACGGCUCUCGCCUGAACCAGUAUGACCUGCUGGGCCAUGUUGUUGGGACAGAGAUAAUCCGGUCUAGUACAGGAGAAUAUGUCGUCAUGACAACCCACUUCCAUCUCAAGCGAAAAAUUGGCUACUUUGUGAUCCAGACCUACCUGCCAUGUAUCAUGACUGUCAUUCUGUCACAGGUGUCUUUCUGGCUCAACAGAGAGUCUGUCCCCGCUCGCACGGUCUUUGGUGUCACCACUGUGCUCACCAUGACCACCUUGAGUAUCAGUGCCAGAAACUCCUUACCUAAAGUGGCAUACGCGACGGCCAUGGACUGGUUCAUAGCCGUCUGUUAUGCCUUUGUAUUUUCUGCGCUGAUUGAAUUUGCCACCGUCAACUACUUCACCAAGCGGAGUUGGGCUUGGGAAGGCAAGAAGGUGCCAGAGGCCCUGGACACAAAGAAGAAAACACCAGCAGCCCCGACGAAGAAAAGCAGCACUACGUUCAACAUCGUGGGGACCACCUAUCCCAUCAGCCUGGCCAAGGAUACUGAGUUCCCCACCAUCUCCAAGGCUGCCACUCCCAGUGCUUCCUCAACCCCGACUAUCAUUGCUUCCCCCAAGGCCACCUAUGUACCGGAAACCCCCACUGAAACUAAGACCUACAACAGUGUCAGCAAGGUUGACAAAAUUUCCCGCAUUAUCUUUCCUGUGCUCUUUGCCAUAUUCAAUCUGGUCUAUUGGGCUACGUAUGUCAACCGGGAGUCAGCUAUCAAGGGCAUGAUCCGCAAACAGUAGAUAGUGGUGGCAGCCCAGCAACCAGAGCACUGUCUUCCCUGUGAAGCAUUCAGGCACCCAACCCCAGGGCUCCCC